AUGGCGAGUGCUUGGGGCGUGGCAGCUCUGUCGGGGCUGCGGCGGCAUGCGCCCCGUGCCUUGCUGGCUUUUUUGCUGCUCCUAACGCUGGCAUCACUCUGGCUACUUCAGCCAACUGGAGAGAAUGAGAGGUUGGAGGGCCGCCGUGGCCAUGUUGAUUACGGUCUGCCCCCGCUCGAGCACGAGCUUAACUCUUCCGCUCAGCUGCAAGGCGUGCCUGCCUUUGUAUGGGAGAUACCUCAGCUCCUGAUCAUCGGUGUGAUGAAAGCCGGGACGUCUGCUCUAUAUUAUGCGCUUUGCGAACACCCACGCAUUAAUUGCGUCGCUUACGUGAAGGAGCCAUUUUAUUUAUCCUCUGCUGAGGUGGCAGCUCAAGCACGCGAAUAUCAUGGGCUCGUGCAGCAGGAGCGCCGUCGUCUUUUCCAUUUGCGUUAUGUACAAACAGUCUUCAAUCUCACGGCGCUGAGUGCGGGCCAAGUCACGCUUGAAGCGAGUACCACGUAUCUGCACUCGGCCGCUGCUCUGACUCUAAUCACUUCCCGCCUCAUGAACGCCGAUCGUAUUCGGAUGCUGGUCGUUUUACGAGAGCCUUUGUCGCGGGCCCUGAGCCACUAUAACCAUGAAAAGCGACAUGGAAAGCAAAAGGCCACGUUUGGAGAUGCCAUCGCCCCCGAGCUGGCCAUACUCAAAAGCUGCCACCAACAGGACACCUGGCUCGCCCAGCAGAAUCGUUUGGACGAGGCCCGACCCUAUGAGGCGCUAUAUGACUGCGUGCAAGCCGAAAGUGAGCGCUAUCGCCUCGCCAAGCGGCGUGCGCUGCCUGGCUAUUUGUUCAAGAGCUUGUACCUAUGGCAUUUGCGGCCUUGGUUGGCUGCGGUGCCGGACCGCUUGCAUUUUGUGUUGCAUGAGCACUUUCGGCGAGACCCCAUCACCGAGCUGGCACAGCUGCAACGCAAUAUUGGGCUCGAGGAGUUUGACUAUGAGUCGGUGCGAGAGGAGAUUACGCACGAGUUUCAAGAAGGGUCCCGGUACAAUCGCUUUUCGGGCCCCAUGAUCCACGAGUUGGCGCUCCUGUUUCGGGCGCACAACGAUCUUUUAGAGCUUGCCAUUGGCAUGCCCUUGCCCUGGAACGAAGCCUUGGAGCGAGGGCACUUUGUUAUUCCAAUUGAAUGA